CUGUGAGUCGGUCGCGGUAGUCAGUUAAGCGCCGGCGGUUCAUUGUAACGGUUGUUGCUGUGUGUUUUGUCCGCAUUCGUCCUUUCGGUUGUUUCGAAUUUCUGUUCACCUUCUGCCCACGAUGGCGUUCAACAAGGAUGAAAUGCAUCCACCAAGCUGGAUGGACGAGAAGUUCUUCGAGAAGGUGCUGCGGCAUUCGGAGCGCAACGCUGCGCUCUCGGUGACGGGAAUGCGGAUCGUACCGGGGACCAAACCGGGCGAUCAUUUUGCCAGUGUUAUCUUCCGGGCGAUCGUGCAGCAUGACAAGGCACCGGAAGAGGUGUCGCUGAUCGUGAAGACGCUACCGUCGGAGGAAGGGGUCAAGAAGGAUCUGCUGAACGAUGGGUACGUCUUCGAGACGGAAACCCUCAUGUACACGGAGAUCGUGCCGGCCAUGCACCGGUUGCUGCAAUCCGUCGGUGACCAGACAGUGCUCGGAGCACGUUUGCUUUACCACGAGAAACUUCCAAGAUGGGUUAUGGUGUUCGAGGACAUCACCAAGCACGGUUACGAAAUGAAGACCAAGCAGCUGGACUACGAAGAGUCCAAGGUCGUAUUUGCCAAACUGGCCCGUUGGCACGCAGCCUCAAUGUUUCUUGUCGAAACGACGCCAGCUAUCAAAAACCUAACAAAAGGCGUGUACAAUUUAUUUGAAAAAAACAACGAGUUUCUGGCCAUAUGGCAGAAAAACAUCGAGAUAUUGUCAUCGGUUGUGCCGGAGAUUCCGGGCUGCGAACAGUUCGGCGAGCGGAUAGCAGCGAUAAAGGAGAAAAUUUUCAAGCGUGCCUCCAGUAUCUACACCUACGAUCCGUCUUCGUUGGUGCACGUCCUUAAUCACGGUGAUUGCCAUUUUAAAAAUAUGAUGUUUAAACGCAAGGAAGGAACACUAGAAGAUAUCAUGUUGCUUGAUUUCCAGUUGAGCGUCUGGGGUACGCCGGCGAUCGAUCUCAUCUACGCGAUGUACAAUGCCGUGUCGAUCGAUACGAAGGAGGCGCAUCGCGAGGACCUGAUCACUUUCUAUCACCAAGAAUUGAUCGAGUGCCUGAAGAAGUUUGGCUACCUUCGAAAGCUUCCGACGUUGCAUGAAAUUCAAAUUGAAAUCCUGAAGUGUGGACAUUUAGAGUUCCUGCUGGCAUCAACCUUCGUGCCGUUCAUGUGCGUCGAAAUGAAGGACUUCAUCGAAAUGCCCGAGGAUGGCCAAGGGUUCGAAAUGGAUUUCUCUGACACCGACAAGUUGAUCGUGGCCUUCAAAAAAUGCUUCCAAACACCGAUCUACGUGGACUUUAUCCAAAAGAACUUACCCAGGUUUGUGCACAAGGGUUUCGUUGACCUGGAAUGAUGCGCAUCAUGCUACGUGUUGCAGGGUGUCGGAUUGGUGCUGUAGCGUUUAACGUUUAAGAAGCGAAACUUAUGCAAUAAAGUUUAUGAAUGCUCCAUCAA